AUGCUUACCCGUGCUGUUCGCCCGGCCCUGAGGGCUGGCAGUGCUGCCGUGACCCGCACUGCCCCGCCCAAUGCCGCCAACUUCGCGACUCUGCGUGAGAUCGAGGGCCGUCUCAAGUCCAUCAAGAACAUCGAGAAGAUCACCAACACCAUGAAGAUUGUUGCGUCUACCCGUCUCACCCGUGCCCAGAAGGCUAUGGAUGAGUCCCGCGCCUACGGUCAGACCUCCAACACCGUCUUCGAGAAGGCCGAGACCAAGCCGCUGGACGACAAGAAGACUCUGCUGGUCGUUGCCAGUUCCGACAAGGGUCUUUGCGGUGGUAUCCACUCGGGUCUGACCAAGGCCACCCGCCGUAUUUUGGAAAACACUCCCAACGCCGACAUUGUCAUCAUGGGUGAGAAGGCCAAGGCUCAGCUGUCCCGUGUCGCCGCCGACAAGAUUGUCCUGAGCUUCUCCAAUGUCUGCAAGGACAUCCCCACCUUCGCCGAUGCUCAGGCCGUCGCCGACCAGAUCGCUCUACUGCCGACCGACUACGCUAGCGUCCGCAUCAUUUACAACUCGUUCAUCAACGCCCAGAGCUACGAGGCUACCGCGAUCGAGGCCUACUCUGAGGAGGCCAUUACCCAGUCUCCCAACAUCUCGUCUUUCGAGGUUGACGAUGAGGCUCUGGCUAGCCUUCGUGAAUACGCCCUUGCCAACAACCUCUUCUGGGCCAUGGCCGAGGGCCAUGCUUGCGAGAUCUCGGCUCGUCGUAAUGCUAUGGAGAACGCCUCCAAGAACGCCGGUGAGAUGAUCAACAAGUUCCAGAUCUUGUACAACCGUCAGCGUCAAGCCGCCAUUACCGGAGAGCUGGUCGAGAUCAUCACUGGUGCCACCGCUAGUGCGGACAUGUAG